UCCAUCCUUCGCGAGUUGAAGUACCCAGUUUGGUACCACAAGAAGUGACAUCCCAGUUGACGUUCGCCGGCUGAGUUGCACUGCAGAUGCCAUCGCGAGCACUUUUCGCAUAAUUAUUCUAAUCGCGUUUUAAUUUACUUAAAGUACUUAAUUAUAGAGUGAAUGUUACAUUAAUUUAAGUGAAAUGUUACGUUUUUUAUUAUGUGUUGGAAUCGUGUGCGCUCAAGAUGUUACAGUUAAAAAUUUAAUGGGCGAAUCUGACUACCGCAAAAUCAGGCUGCAUUGGGAAUCCGACAGUCAGAACGUCCCUCAAAAUGGAUUUCACGUUCGUUUCUGCGAAUUGCAAACUUGGGGCUUCCAACGGUGCCGAAACCAAAAGGUGUCGCAGCCAGAAGACAACAGUAUCACAAACGAGAAUGGCUUCACGUCGUAUGACGUUGACAUCCUCGGUUUACGAAUGGCGACAACUUACUCGUUUGAAGUUAGGACGCAAAAGGAAAAUAGUUCGCGAGAAGAUCGGGCCCAUGGCGAUACAAACCAAAAUAUUCUCGUUGUACCGACAAAAGGAUUUUCUGCACGAGCUACACAAUGUCUACCUCACGCAAGUAUCAUUGAGGUCUCAACGGGACCUUACUUCGGCGGGCGUAUCGCCGUCGAGGCGGCAGAUGGGGAGAGAUGUGCUUUAGAUGGCGAACCGUCCAGCCCAAGAGACACCUACACAUUAAAAAUAGAUCACGAGAAGUGUGGCAGUCAAGUUAAUGAAACGACAGUUGGCACGUUCGUUCUUGUACAGGAAAAUUUACCAAUUUUAACGCACAGCACAAGAAGAUUUUUAGUGUUGUGCUCAUUUCAACCAGAAACUUUAACUGUACGUGCUGGAAUUAGUCUUCCCUCAAACGCUGUGGGCCGAGGGCAAUCUGACCCAAUUGGUUUUGAGGAGGGAGACAGUUACGCAAGAAGGUCGAGGCAUUUGAGACCUGCACGUUUGCUGCAAGAUCCAGAAUCAGAUAAAAAAGAAGAUAUAAAGCAGGAGAUCCGAUCAACCGCAAAAUCAAUACCAAUAGCUCUUCUGGCCGUACUAAUGACGUUGGGGAUCGUUGGGCUUGUCGCGGCAGCAGUCAGAUGCGGAUCGAAAAGAAUUUCGAGAGAAAUGGACAAUGUCUCAAUAGCCUCUUCCGAUUCAUCUACGAGCAGUUGCAGCACACAUGCUGAGAUAGAAUUGGAAUCUAAUAACAGUACAAUUUCUAAAGUAAAGGAAGUUCACUUGGUGUAGCAUCCUUUGUAACACGUUUAAAAGAAACGGAUUUAGCUAAAUUGGAAGAACCGCGGCAGAUGGUCAUCGUAUAAAGGGUGUGAUAUAAUUGGGUGAUACAGCUUAUUUAUUCCUAGAUACUUACAGUUUAAGUAAAUUGCAUAUUUGUCCAAUAUACGCGGUGUUGCAUCUGAAUGUUGGUCACGUGUUUUGACUGCAUCUCACCUGGAUAACACCCUGUAUAGUAUGCAAUGAAUAUUAUUUAAAAAAAUGUGUUUAUUUCGCAUCUAGUAUUACAAUUUUCUUUUCGUAGUGUAGUGUAGGAUUAAGAAAUAAAAAUUCCUUAACGUU